AUGACUUAUCUGGGCGCCGCAGACAGACGCCGAACGGUGAGCACCUCAAAACAGAAUUGCUUGGUGACGUUUGAAGACAACUCUAAGUUCUGGGUGCUUUGGAAAGACAUACAGCAUGCUGGUGUCCCUGGGGAAGAACCCAAAUGCUCAGUGUGUUCUGACAUGUCUCUGGUUCCUGGUAAUGAAAUUCUUAUCUGUGGAAAGUGUGGAAUAGGCUAUCACCAGCUCUGCCACUUGCCCCCAGUGGAGAGCUCAGCUGAUCUCUCUCCAUGGUUCUGCAGGAAGUGCAUUUUUGCUUUAGCUGUGAGAAAAGGGGGAGCUCUGAAAAAAGGGCCAAUUUCUAAAGCGCUGCAGGCCAUGAAGCAGGUGCUGCCCUAUAAUCCAGAGGAGCUGGAGUGGGACUCUUUGCAUCGUACGAACCAUCAGCAGUGCUACUGCUACUGCGGAGGACCUGGAGAGUGGUAUCUGAAAAUGCUGCAGUGCUUUCGCUGUGAGCAGUGGUUUCAUGAGGCGUGUACGCAGUGCCUACAGGAGUCCAUGAUGUUUGGAGAUAGGUUUCACUUGUUCGUUUGUGCGGUGUGCAAUAAAGGAGUGGAAUACAUCAAGCGGCUGGCGCUCAGAUGGGUGGAUGUUGUCCAUCUCGCGCUGUACAACCUGGGAGUCCAAAGUAAGAAAAAAUACUUUGAACUGGAAGAGAUCCUGACCUUCAUCAGCAACAACUGGGACCAUUUCCAGAUGGGCAAGCUCUCCAACACCCCUCUGUCUGAACGGGGCCAGUAUAUUCUUGAUGCCCUCAACAACUAUAAAAGCAAGUUUCUUUGCGGCAAGGAGAUCAAGAAGAGGAAAUGCAUUUUCCGACUAAGGACAAGGGUCCCUCCUAAUCCCCCAUCUAAAUUGUUUCCAGAGAAGGCCCAGAACAGUGAGGGCCACAGGGGCCGCAAAAAAGGGGUCAGCAGAAACAGUAACUCUGUUCCUGCAGAGAAGCGGAGGAAGAAGAGGUCCAAGUGGCUGCUGGAGGAUGCUAUUCCUAAUAAUGACCUCACCUCUACCUGGAGCACCAAUCAUCACAUGGCCAACAUAUUCGACUUCACGCUGGACGAGCUGCAGAGUUUGAAGAGCACCAGUUCAGGACAGACAUUCAGUAUGGACCAGGACUCCACCGAUGCAGCCAGUACUUCUGGUUCUGCCACCACCAGCGUCUCCUAUGACUUCAGGAAAAAUGUGGGCAGUCGGAAGAGGAAGUUGCCCUCCUCUAAUUACACUGCGCUGGCCACAAAAAGAGAGAUGGUGGAGCGUGAGCUGAGCCCCAUCAGCAUGCCUGGAGAGGAGAGUAACGUCAUGAUGGAGAACAGCAUCAACAGCCACACCUUUGAGAGCAUCAGCGAGGACGAUUCCUCACUGUCUCACCUCAAGUCUUCCAUCACCAGCUAUUUUGGGGCGGCCGGUCGGCUCACCUGCGGGGAGAAGUAUCAGGUUCUGGCUCGUAGGAUUACACCUGAAGGGAAGGUGCAGUAUUUGGUGGAGUGGGAAGGAACUACACCUUACUGAAUAUCACAGAACAGAGGUGUGGAACAGAUGGGCUGCAAAGGAAGGUGUCACGCAGUCCCCCCCCCAAUAGUUACUCUCUGUUUUGCUAUUCUGAAAGUCAUAGUUUCGGAGUUCUAGUUUUGUUUUUCUUUUUUUCCACGAACCACAUAUAGUUUUUUUUUUCUGAUACUCUGGUCUUCUCUCAGGUGGGACAUUAAAGUCUUUUUUGUGAAGUCAUUUGCAGUGUCCUUUUAGGGCACUUUAAACAUCACAAACAUCAUUCAGUCUGGUAACAUAUGUUAUUCUUACACAGUAUAACGUCAUUAUUAGGUAGCAGA